AUGACUCUACCAGCGCAUGGGACGACAACGGGCGUCAUCACCAAUUUCAUCAGUGGCGAGUUGACCCAAAUGGGAAUUAAGGUGGAUGAAGAGUUGAAAGCGUUCAACAAUCAAACCAUUACAUCGGAUGAUGGUAACGAGUCAAAAGAAGCCGACCAAGCGUGGGGACCCUUCACCUCUCCACCGGAAUAUCCGGCAACCAAACCUACUGUCGUUCUUGAAGUCGGUUUAUCAGAAACAGCUGAUAAGCUGAAGAACGAUGCGUUAUUUUGGUUGAACCCUAAAAAGGGGGCUGCGAAUAUGGUCAUUACAUGCAAAAUUGACCGAGGAACGCCUUUCAUCAUGCUAGAGAAGUGGGAAAGACCCAAUCCAAAGGGGAGAAUUCAGGUGACUGAAGUGGUCGUGAUCGCACAGAAAACGUUAACAAGGGCAGAAAAGGCAAACACAAGCAUUGAAGAACAGAUGGAGCUUUCGAAGACUGCCUUGACAAUUCCUCUCUUCACUCUUUUUCGACGAGAUCCUGUUCAGGGACAGACUGAUAUUGUUUUCGAUGAGGGAAUGCUCAAGAAUUUGGCAAGGAGGGCUUGGGAGGAGCAGGGGUUCUUAACUACCGGGAGUUGA